UUUUAAUAUCUCUCUAAAACGCUUUGGAGCUGACUCAGAAAAGCUCGGUCUUUUACUGCAUUCAGACAAUGGCGAUUGAAGACCACGAGAACCCACAUCGAGUAAUCAAACCUAAGAACAGAAGAAUCAUGGGAGCUGAUGAAGAAGAGAAUCAUCAAUGGCCUCAGUGGCUAAAGCCUCUACUGAAAGAACACUUCUUUGUUCAAUGUGACGUUCACUCACCCAAAAGCGAAUGCAAAAUGUAUUGCUUGGACUGUACCAAUGGCUCUCUUUGCUCUCUCUGUCUUGCUCAUCACAAGGAUCAUCGUACCAUUCAGAUAAGGAGAUCAUCUUAUCAUGAUGUGAUAAGAGUCAAUGAGAUUCAGAAGUAUUUAGAUAUCUUCAGCAUUCAGACGUAUGUGAUCAACAGCGCAAAGGUUGUGUUUUUGAAUGAAAGGCCUCAGCCUAAGCCCGGUAAAGGAGUUACUAAUACCUGCCAAGUCUGUUAUCGUGGCCUUGUUGAUGAUUGCUUCCGCUUCUGCUCUCUUGGCUGCAAGGUAGCAGGAACUACUAGGAGCUUUGAGAAGAAAGUGAAGCAUAUACCAAUGGGGUCAGAGGAUUCAAGCAGCAUCAGUUCAGGAGUAGAGGAUAACAUUCCAAAUCCACAGAGUUUAUCUCCAUCAACACCUCAGCUUACUACUUCUACUUCUUUGCGGAAAAGACAAAGAAAGGGAAUCCCUUUCCAGUCUCCACUGCAAUGAGAGAUCAGACCGCAAAGUAUACAAAGACACAGAAAUAAAAAGGUUUUUAACUUUCUCUUCCACCGAAGAAGGGCCUUGGGUUUAUGCUUAUUAAGUAGUCUAAUAACUAGUAAGUGUAUAUAUAUGAUAUCUUCUUGUAUAUUUUUAGUAUGAUGCAAAUGUGGCUAAACAGGGAGUGAUACUAUGUGGGGGUUUAGGGGGUUAAAAGUGGUAAUAAGACAAGAUACUUGGGGCUUUUAAGUAGUUGUUUUUUGACAAAGUCCCUUAUGUGUAAAUUUGGUUUUGAUAAAUUAUAUAACAAGAAGAUAUUACGUGAAAUGUUUAUGCAAACCUGAACCCUGAGACAGGCCUAUUGUUGUGAAGAACCUUCACCUUGUC